UUUUUAUAGUGUUUCUUUUAUCCAAUGACAAAUCACAUCAAUAUUGAAUGCAUCUCAAGGUAUUUAUAAAAUGGCGAUGUUCUUGACAUUUUACGAUUUUAAUCACAUCGCCAUCGUACGACGUAAAGACAGAGAUGGGAAUAUUUAUUUACUUGAAAAAGAAGAGAUAGCAUGAACAUGAAUGAAAAGGUACCCUAAUCAAUCAAUCACAAAUUCACAACACCAAUUUUUCUGAAUUAUUAUUGUAAUUUAUUGUGAAGUGCGUUAGUUUUAACAAAACUAAGAAAUCCAUGAAAAUGAAUACUAUAUCCAGUGAGUUGAGUAUGCAUGAUUUGAACGUUAGAUUUUUUGAGAUAAUGCAAAGUGAAAAUAAUGCAGAAGCUGCAGCAAAUUACAUAUUCGAAGCAGUAUGUGACGAUGUGACCCUAGGAUUUGCUUUCGAGUUCCACCAUGGCCUGAAGACUGGCCUAACAGACUUGAUAGAGGGUGAGAAAGAGGAAGAGGAACCUUACAAGAUAGUGAGCACGCCAGAAUGUGACGUUUUCGGCUUCUCAAUGAUGAAAAAGACUCCAGAUUCAAAUUGUUCCUGUCCGAAUUGUGAAAGGCCAGUUUCAGCUACUAGAUUUGCUCCUCAUCUAGAAAAAUGCAUGGGCAUGGGCCGCAACAGCUCUCGCAUAGCUUCCCGCCGCAUCGCUUCCAACAGCCGAGAGCCAACCUCCUACGCGGGGCUCCUAAGCGAUGAUGAAGACGACGUCGACUGGUCAGGGGGCUCCGUGCAAAACGAACGGCGGAAACGCAGGAUCAAGAACAACAAUAAUAGGAAACCUAAUAAAAUGCAUAAGCACAACAACGGCACGACGAACGCGGACGCGAACGACGGUGGCGCCACCUACGAAACGAUGACCGCUAACGAGAAGAAGAAUUUGCUGCAGCAGAUCUGCGGCGUCGUUUCCGAGCACACUAAGAAACUUUGCACUAGAUCAACUCGCUGUCCACAACACACCGAAGAACAGAGGCGCGCUCUCCGCAACAGCGUGCUAGAGCCCUCCACUCCCGAGUCGCAGAGCAUGGCGCUCGCGGCCGAGGAGGCGGGGUCGCCGCCCGACUCCAGCCCCUCCUCCUCCUGCUCGUCCUCCAGUCGCAAGCGCGACCGCCACCGCGCCCCGCCCAAGUCCAAAAACAAGAGAGAACGCAAUAUAUCCCCUAACACAAGAGAUUAAGGACUGAAUUUGAUUGGAGGUUCGCUAAACCUCAUAGGAAAUAAUAUAGCUUGACUCCACCCCUUAAGAGGGGCACGUAACUUUGUAAGGCGUUUGCACGCUUGAUUAGAUAUUUUUUUUAUAAUGUAGGCUGGAAAUAUUUUCAUUUUCUACCGAUAUUUGACGAUUGACGGUUUGAGGCAAGAUGACGUGAAUGGAUAACGCCAAUUCUAAGUUCCUCGAAACAUCUACCAAUAGUAGAUUUAGUUUAAGUUUUUAUAUUCCAUUUUAUGACAAUAAUGUAUAAAAAUGCCAUAUUGAGUGAGUUUUUGACAUCUGAAUUUAAAUUUUUGAGCGUCGCGUGGUGGUUGAAGGUACAGCACUAAAGCUUUGCAAAUUAACUUUAUCUUACGGUGCAUUAUAAUUAUAUGUAUUAAGUACUUAAUCCUCAUAUAUUCGUACAUUGAAACAAAAUUUGGCCGGCUUUCUUCAGGACUUAAAAUAACUGAUAUUGUCGAAGAUCACACUUAAAAAAAACUUAGAAAUUCACAAAUUGAUAUCGAUUCAAGCUUUACACGAAAAAUGCAUAGGAGCCAUCAAAAUGCCUACUGACUUGUUCCAUAUUGCCAAUCGAUGUUAUUGUAAGAUUAGACUAUCAUUCAUAAUAAUUCGUAUCGAUAUCUAUAUUAUUUGACGUAUUGAUUUUAUCGAUAAAUAUUAUGUAACUUAUAUCGAUAAACUAAUCGCAAUACUAUGUGAUACAUUAGGUAUAGUUGCAAAAUGUUAUAACACUAAAUUCAAAUAUCGAGUCUGUAUGGCUCUCGUUACGGUAAGUUUCUACUUCAUAUAACUUGUAAGUCCUUGAUCUGUUGCCUUGUCGCUGUGCCGCAUGAUCCUCUUCACAAUUUAACUAUUUAGGAAAUUUUCUCCGAAUUAAAGCUGAACUUAAUAACUUGGGACAGACAGACAAUGUAAGUUUGUCUGUGUAAUCCACUUCAUUCAUAACGUUAUGAGAUUCUAAAUAACUUUAUACUCGCCCUGGUUCAACCAGUUUCAAUUCACCUCUUCUGAAAUUCAUAUUGAGAAUAUCGAAAAUAUUAAUCUUGGUGUUAACGAAUACAGUUCAUUUUGAAUAUCAAACACUGUAAUUAUUCUUUGUUGAAUGACAAAUGGGCAACGAAUAUUUAAUAAAAUGAAAAGCUGCAAUUGUGUUCUAACUGAAUUGAAUCUUGUAACCUGAAAACUACAGCAAAAAAAUGCUUUUUUUUUAGUUGUAUUCAUAUUUAGAUUUAUGUACUUUCUAGUCGCACCGUCCAUUGGUUAAAAGUCAAAAAGAUAUUUUCUUAUUGCAAAAUAAAACAUAUUUAGAAUCUCUAUACGAUAUAUUCUAGAGUUGCUUGAAAACUAAGUACCAUCUAAUUUUCUUUCAUUAGAGAUAGAUUAAAAAAAAACAAUGUUCAUGUAAAAUUGUAAAGAAACUGAGAUUAUGAUGAUUAAUGUACGUGUAUUAGGUAUUGUCCUGUAUAUACUUAUACAUACCUACUGUAUUGGUCAGGUGUUCAUGUAAAUAUUCACUAAAUGUAACUAUUAUUACCUAUUUGACUGAAGUAGUUAUUAAAUGAUAUGUAUUAAAGGCAUGUAUUGCGAUAAA